AUGGCACAUAACCGAUCUAUCUCGGUCUGUUUACAUCUAUUUAUCUAUCUCAGUCUAUUCACAUCUAUCUAUCUAUCUAUCUAUCUAUCUAUCUAUCUAUCUAUCUAUCUAUCUAUCACAUUCACUUGCAUGUUUGUCUUUCCUAAUAUUACAUAUGCUUUAUUUAUUUUUUACUUUUUAACAUUUCGCACUCAUUUCUUUAUUUCCUUUUAUUCCUUCUUUUUCCAUUCUUUCUUUCUUUCAUUCUUUCAUUCUUUCUUUCAUUCUUUCUGUUUUUCAUUCUUUCUUUCUUCUUUUCUUUCAUACUUUCUUUCUUUCAUUCUUUCUUUCAUGCUUUCUGUUUUUCAUUCUCUUUCUUCUUUUCUUCAUUCUUUCUUUCUUUCAUUCUUUCCGUUUUCCAUUCUUUCCUUCUUCUUUUCUUUCAUACUUUCUUUCUUUCUUUCUUUCUUUCUUCUUUUCUUUCUUUGUUUCAUUCUUUCCGUUUUCCAUUCUUUCCUUCUUUUCUUUCAUACUUUCUUUCUUCCUUUCUUUCUUUCUUCCUUUCUUUCAUUCUUUCUUUGUUUCAUUCUUUCCGUUUUCCAUUCUUUCUUUCUUCUUUUAUUUCAUUCUUUCUUUCUUUAUUUCUUUCUGUUUUUCUUUCUUUCUUCUUUUCUUUCUUCUUUUCUUUCUUUCUUCCUUUCUUCCUUUCUUUCUUUCUUCCUUUCUUUCUUUCUUCCUUUCUUUCUUUCUUUCAUUCGUUCUUUCAUUCUUUCUUUCAUUCGUUCUUUCAUUCUUUCUUCCUUUCUUUCAUUCUUUCUUCCUUUCUUUCAUUCUUUCUUUCAUUCUUUCUUUCUUUCUUUCUUUCUUUCAUUCUUUCUUUCAUUCUUUCUUUCUUCCUUUCUUUCAUUCUUUCUUUCAUUCUUUCUUCCUUUCUUUCUGUUUUUUAUUCUUUCCUUCUUUCAUUUUUUUCUGUUUUUCAUUCUUUCUGUCAUUCCUCCUUUAUUUCAUUCUUUCUAUUUUUUAUCCUUUCUUUCUUUCAUUCUUUCUUUCUGUCUUUCCUUCCUUCAUUCUUUCUUUCUUUUUUAA